GUGGGCGGCAAAGAUGGCCACAGGAUUAGCAACCAAAAGAUAAGAGUUUGGCCAUGGCGCAAAAGCCAUAAAAAAAAAAUCACUCGUUGCCUUGUUUGAUAACUAGCCCUCUAAAAACGGAUGACACUUUCUGGAUAGAAUUCAGAAAGUUACAACCUUUUGCUCCUCAUCUAUCUAUCUUUCCAUGGCGGCCACCAUCAAACCAGUACUUCCUCCACCACAACAAUUCACUCCAGCUAAACAAACCCUUCUCCCUGCUUCUCCAUGGAUUUCCUGCAAACCCAUUUCCCAUGGCGGCCAUUCGUCACUCGGCAUUACUAGUUCCCCUCACUUUACCAGCAGGCCGCCACUCUCAGCCUCCGUUUCGUUCGACCCAUCCAGGAACUUCGACCUCACUUUAUUUGACGACGAUCAAGAUGCGUCGGAUGUAGCGCCGCAGCCGAUGCCGCCGAGCCAGGGGAGGUACGAGGUUGUCAUCGACAAUGGCAUCAUUGGCAGCCUCGAUUUGUCUCCGUUUCGCGAUGCUAUGCCUGCGGGCAUCAUUGAAGCUUCCGAUUCCCCUGCCUCAGCGGAUGACGCGAAGCAAUUGUUGGAACGAAGCGUGGGAUUUACGAUAAACUACACGAGGGAGGACCCUCGGGAUCCUCGAGAGCUGUCGGAAUUUCCAGACGUGAGGCUCUGGUUCGUGAGGCUGGAUGCAGCUUAUCCAUGGCUGCCUGUGGUGCUUGACUGGAGAGCAGGGGAACUCGCUCGUUACGCCGCCAUGAUGGUCCCUCAUCAGAUGAACAUGAAGAUGGGGGUUGUGUUUAAUCCGGAGGCGUUGGAGUUGUUUGUGAUGAAGAAAGUGUUCGUUGUGUAUUCUUGGUUGAAGGAGCAGAAUGUUAGCAAGGCGAGAUUGAAGACUAGUGAUAUGGCUAGAAUGCUUGGGUUUGGGAUUGGAAAUGAGCUUUUUGACUUGAUUGAUAGAAAGUGAAAAAUUAUUUCUGAAUUUUUUUCAUAACUCCACAUUAUGUGUAAAGAGUAGUUUAUUAUAGAUGAUUGUUGGUCUCCAAUUAACCAUCACGUUCAUCCAAUGAUCAUAAAAUUGCGUAUUUUAGGGUUUUUGUUUACAUUAUUCUCUUGGCCUUGUUUUGUUUUGUGAUUAUCGUUUGCAAGCUGAUAUUUUUUUUUAAUUUAUAUAAUGGUAAAAUAGUUGCAAG